AUGUAUGUUGGAAGAAGUAUAUACAUGAAAGUAUUCUACCACAAUCUUCUUGGCGGAGUUUUCGCCAACAAAACAGAAGCUAAAAACAUCAACACUAAAUACAAAUAUUCUAUUCUCACUGAGAUCAACGAUGACUUUCGAGAUUAUGACAAUAAAUUUACGUUUGCUCUCUUAAAUCCCGAGUUAAAUUUGUACAACAUUUGGCAACAAACUAAUAAUCCACUUAAUGAAUCUGAAAAAUCGGAUAACAAUAUACAUUACAGAGUUGAAGGCUACAAUAACAUUACAAUUUUAGCUGAUAGAAACGAAACUCAAUGUGAAUGGGGCGGCCUUACCCUUAGCUCUACAGAUAACUUGAUUGAUGGUUGUCCUGGAGGCAGUACUUGGUUCUUUACUAUUGGAUACGUUGGAACAACUUGGAAUGGCUAUCCAAAAAUACCUUCUAACAACCAAGGUGUUGAUAUUGUGAGUCUGUGGGUAAAGGUUAUCAAUGACAAAUACCAGGUUAUGCAAACUUGCAAUGUCAAAUUUUGCAAUUUAAUAAACUUUAAAUAUCUUUUAUUUAUUCUUAUCAGGAUUUUUCCGAUCAUUUCAUGA